CCUUACCCUCUUCACCACCAUCAACCCCCCUCCCCAUUUCGUGGACCUCCUCCUUCCCGAACUGACUGCCUGGAGACGUGCAUUUUGGAGCAGGAUGAAGGCUAAGAAAGCCAUGGGACCAGCGUGCAGCAGCGACAGUGAGGAGGACGACAGCCUGGAGAUCCCCCUCGAUCUCUCUCAUUCCGGGAAGCGUCGCCGCCGGGGGAACUUGCCCAAGGAGUCGGUGCGGAUUCUGAGGGACUGGCUGUACGAGCAUCGUUAUAAGGCAUAUCCGUCCGAACAGGAGAAAACACAACUGUCCUGGCAGGCGCAAAUGUCUGUGUUGCAGGUCUGUAAUUGGUUCAUCAAUGCACGGCGAAGACUGCUACCAGAUAUGCUGAGAAAAGAUGGCAAGGACCCCAACAAUUUCACCAUCUCUCGACGAGGGAGCAAGAAUACGGAGCAAACCUCUAUUGCUGCCAAAGCCUACAUCUCUGACCUAGAUGAAAGAUCAAUUGGAUCCACUAGCUCUUGUCCAGACACUGCAGAGGGCUCUCCAUGUAGCACUUCAUCUGCAGGUGGAAUUCUCCCAAGGCCUUCGGUCAUAUGCCACACUACUGUCUCCGCACUAGGUGAUGUGCCUUUACACUACUGCCCUCCCGCUGACGGCGUAGAGGGCAUCACUACUCUACAUCCUUUGUCCACGUCAAGAUUGCUGGAUGGCAGUGCUAGGUGCCACAGAGGUGUCCAGGUGGGGUCCAAUGCAAGCCAUCAAAGUGGACUGUUCAACACUCCUCCACCCACUCCUCCAGACCUCAACCAGGAUUUCAGUGGCUUUCAGCUGCUGGUUGAUGUCGCGCUUAAGCGUGCUGCGGAGAUGGAAUCCCAGACCAAGGCUGCAGCCUAGAUGCUGGACUGCGAGUGCCUAAACAGUCCUACAGGGAAGAGGAAAGGAAACGCUAAGCAAGAACUUGUUUUUUUUCCUUCUGUUGGAGAACAGAUGCCUCGCGCAGCCUGAUGCCUUUUUUUAAAAAAAAAAGAAUUUGCACAAGGGAAUCCCAAAACAUGGCUCCCUAUCUCGGGAGUUGUCUUAAUAGACUGCUGGCAUAGAGACCGAUGAAGUCGCGACUACUGUAGAUACAGAGGUUCUUUAUGUUUUGUAGUUGCUGAAUAAUGUGAGAAGUUUCCCAUGAUUAUGUGAUUCAUUACUUUCAGUCUGUGCAAUAUUUAGAUAAACCAGUCUUUUUCUCAUUCCUGCACGGAGAAUGCAUGGCUCGUGCAUUUUUCCGAACAACUUUUUUUUAAUGUAUAAUUAUGUAUUGUCACUGAAUGGGGCUUGUUUCUAUAGUUUAGAGUUUGUUCCUUAACCUUAAAGUCACUACAAAUGUGACGUCAGGGGCCAAGGACCUAUAGGGUAUAUACAGCAUUAAUGUAUUGUUUUUGCAGCAAGUGCUCCCUGAUCAGGCCUUCUCCUGGCUUUAAAACAACACUCCCAGAUGGUCUGUUGCAACGGGACACCCGCAGUGGCACUCUCACACACUGUGAAGCCUAUUGCUGUAGUCUUGGUACCACCCAUUAUCAAGUGUCUGUCUGUCUGUUUUGGAGACUGGUCACGGCACCUGUGUAAAGUGGUGGCCAGCAUGGUGCAUGACACUGAACCAACCACUGCAGGUGCUACGACACUUCAGUUACUUGGUCGAUAACCUAGCCACCGGUGUUAGUGCCUUACAAGUGUGGCCUUGACGGGCUGUUCAUAAUCAAAAUGCAGCCCGCUGGUUUGAAUGUACCUUCUCUCAUUGUUGCCAGCUUUGAUUUUGUCUGUCUUAUUUCAUGUGGGACCAGUGGACCAGAUGUCCCACUCACUCCCAGGCAGGGGUUAGUUCCACCAGCAGUGGAAUCCCACACACUCCCUGGAUCAACUCUUUUGUUCCUGCUUUGGAAGCUGGUGGUGUGAGAUCCGAGAGGGUUCAGAUUGGAGCCCUGAUAUCAAUGGUGAGGACACUCAGUUGACUGCUCUUUGCAGUCAGUCAAUGAUUGGCAAAGGCUGUGCCAAUAUGAUCUCUUGAAGUUUGUAAUUUAGAAUGAAACUGGGACUGUCAAGUGAAGGACAUUUUUUUUUGGGGGGGGAGGGGGGUUAGGGUCCAUGACUACUGUUACAUAAAUGUUAAAAGAAAUUUAGUUGGCACACAUUUACAAAGGACUGAUAUUACUGAUAGGCAGAGGACAGAGAAGGUGUAGACUGAUGCUCUCCCUAGUUUCUGCCUCUUGCUCUUAAAAUGCACCUUAUUCCAAAGACCAAGUCCUGUUGCAUUCCAUUUCAUUCAAUUUCUCAGUCCUCGUCUUGGAGCAGAAUCCAUCCAAUAGGGUCCUGGUGUAUGUGGUGGGGGGGUGGGAGGGAGGGUUUGUAUUUUAUAAUAUUGCUGGUAGCCCUUAUUCUUUGGAGAGAGGCAAAACUAGAUCUGUCGUUCUUCAAAAAAAAACUCCAGAAGUAGGAGUAAGUUUCAGAUCUUAUACUUUUUUAUAUAGAAAAGGGAGAAGGAAGUGUAAUUAAAUAAUACAGUUGCCAUAGCUUAAGGCCCCACUUGUGUGACAGCUGAAUACUUGUGGCUGAUUUCACUUUAGAAGUCAGUUGAACAGCAGCAUGGCUGACGAGUGGAAAGGAAAUGAGAAACUUUUAAAAACGAACUGGCUUGAGUACUCGUGUAUCAUUUAUUUAUACACUCGUGUGUAUUAUUUACUUUAACCAAACGCAAACUGGAGGGUACACCAGUCAUAAAAGGGAUUUUUACACUUGUCUUGUUGCAGUACAUGGCUGAGUGUGAGAUUCUCUUUGCUCCUCUGAUAGCUACUGUAAAUGUGCUGACGCCAUUCUGCCUAUUCUGCAGUGUGCAGAUGCCCAGAUUGUGGCUUGUGUUGUUGGCACGCUCCGCACUCAGAAUUAUGUCUGUGGUGCCAUCCAGUGCCCAGCUCCGACAUGAAAAGUGACAGCAGCUGUCUGGCAUUGCCAACCCAGCUUCAAGAUGCCUGAGGGCUUUACAAAGAGAACAUAUGGUUAGGAUUCCCAAGGAGCUGGGUGGCUUUCACACUGGUAUUGUUCUGUUGAGCUCAGUUUUAUGCUGCCAACAUGUAACAGAUUGGCUUCUGUGCCACUUCUUUAUGCUGGUAUAAAGUUGGUUGUAUAAACAACACUCUAGUGCAAAUACUGGCCAGUCACCCACUCCCCGAAGACAGGAUUUCAAUGGAUCACACAGCUUGGGUUUUCUCUGGGUCCUACUGCCUGCUAUUGUGAGGCUGGAUCUUGUGCUUAGAUGUAGCUAAUGAUCGAAAUGUUUUCUUUAAACUGAUUUAUUCUGCGUACCACUUUAAAAAGUCUCCUCGUUUGUACUUUUUUUUAAAAGAAUUAUGAUUUUUUUGGAGAAGGGGGAUGUGGUUCAACCGUAUGUUUUGUUUGAAUUAAGUUGUUAACCCAAAAAUGCUGAUGUCACUUUGGAGGAGCUAUUCUCGGUGUUGCUGAGGCAGAUGAGUUAACAUACAAAGUUGAGUUGAGAUAGCUGAGGCAUACUGCACCAUCAAUUCAUUAAUACAAACCAAUUCCAUUAAUUUUUGAUGUGUGCAGCACGUUUAGCUGAAACUUUUUUCGCUCUCCCUCCUGGCUUGAAAAAAAUCUAAUCAAAAUUCUUUUGCUAUUUGACAAAAAACAAUAAUGAGUUCCUUCCUUUUUCUAAAAUAAAAAGUUAUAACCAGUCAACAAAGUGUUUGUUUUAAGAUCACCUCAGUUAUCUUGUUGGUGGUAAAAGUAAGUGAGUCAGUGAAUGAUUCUUCUGUAUGACUGAUCCACUAGACAUGUGGCUUGUUGACCACUCAGGCUGUGUGUACAUGGUACAGAGAUGUGACUAACUGCAGUUUUCCCUUUAUCAUCUGUUACUGAGUGCUGCAGACAAGUGGGGGAAGGGACUCACUUUAUUAUUCAGUAGUGGGAUGGGGGGGGAACCAAAAUAUUGAGCUUACAGUGCAGGACCAUCUGAUGCAGUUUCACAAUGUAUCCAGUUUUGAUUAAAAUAAACAACUAUUCCUUCUAA